UCUGGGAAGCGUAGUCCGGGGGAUUUGUGUAGGCAGAGUCACUUCCGGUCCAGGUACGCGAGGCCGCGGCCUUCAUUCCUCUCGGAAAGGUUUCUGCCUUUCCCCAGGUAAAGGAGGAGAAGAUGAUCAAUUUCCAGGAGGCAGUGACCUUCAAGGACGUGGCCGUGACCUUCACCGAGGAGGAGCUGGGGCUGCUGGACUCCACCCAGAGGAAGCUGUACCGGGACGUGAUGCUGGAGAACUUCCGGAACCUACUCUUAGUAGGGAAUCAGCCCUUCAAACCAGAGCUUAUAUUCCAAUUGGAGAGAGAAGAAAUGCUUUUGAUGUUGGAGACAGAAAUCCAGAGAGGCACCAAGAGUCAUCAUAGUCUGGAAAGUGUUCAAGAAGUGGGAUUAAGCUGCCUUUUUCCCAAAGAGCUUUCAGUGUGGCAGACCUGGCAACAAAGUACCCGUGAGUUAACCAGGUGUCAAGAUUCCAUGAAACAGUUUCAAGGGAAUAUUUCUCAGUUGCAAAAACAAGGUGAUUCCCCCUGCCAGGUUUGGGCAGGAAUACCAAUUCAGACUUCUGAAGAUGAGAAUUGUGUAUUGACUCAUAUAGAUGAUUCCAAUUACAUAAAAAAUCAAGAAUUUCCCUCUUGGAGAGCCCAGCAUUCUUGGAGGAAACUGUAUCUUACAGAGUCACAUAAUCAUCCAUGCAGGUGUCAACAAAUUUCCAUGAAAAAUAAUGUGUGUAAGUCUGCCAUCAGUUGGCUCUCACAUCACAGUGAUAAUCUGGGUGUCCCCAGAACAGAAAAAAACUAUAGCUGCCAUGACUGUGGAGAGGAUAUCAUGAAGGUUUCAUUGCUUAAUGAAGACUUAAUUCAAACAGGGCAAAAGCCCUACCCCAGGAAUGAGUACCGAAGCGCCUUCAGCAAUGACUCUGGCUCUGAAGUUCAUCAGCAGUUGCACUUAGAAGGGAAGCCGGAUGCAUACAGUCCGUGUGGAAAGGACUGUGGUUAUAGUUGUGUUCUUUACAUUCAUCAGAGUGUUCAUAGAGGAGGUGAUUGUGUUUUGGGGAGUUCACACCUGCAACCCCCUCAGGAAGGACCUGCGGAGGAGAAGCCGUGCAAACGUGAACAUGGCGACCUCCAUCAGCGCUCCUCCCCUGACGCUUACGAACUCACUCACACAGGAGAGGCUCCCUGUAGAUGCAACACUUAUGAGAAAGCCUUCAGGCAUCGCUUAGACCUUCCUAGUACAUGCAGGGUCCAUACUGAGGAGGAACCCCAGGAAUUUGAGGAGAAUGGGAAUGUCUUUAAUCCGAGUUCUUGUCUUCAAGCCCAUCAGAAAAUUCACACUGAAGAGAAAGUGUACACAGAUGUGGAGUGCGAGACAGGCUGCAUUUGUGACCCAGAUGGUAACAUUCAGCACAGAGUUCAUGUGGGAGGGAUUCCCUAUACUGAGGAGUGUGGUAAUGGCUUCAGUCUGGCCUCACGUUUUCAAGACCUUCACAUAGUCCACACUAGGGAAGAACCAUAUAAACAUUACGCAUGUGGUAACAGCUUCAGCCAAAAUUCCUAUCUUCAAGAUCAUCAGAAAAUUCACAUCAGGGAGAAAACUUAUAAAGAGUACGGGAAUGGCUUCAACUGGAAUUCCAAACAUAAGGACCAUCAGAGAGUCCACACUGGAGAGAAGCCAUACAAAUGUAACACAUGUGGCAAAGGCUUCAGCCACAGGUCAGUUCUUAAUGUUCAUCAGAGAGUCCACACGGGAGAGAAACCUUAUAAAUGUGAGGAGUGUGAUAAGGGAUUCAGUCGGAGUUCAUACCUUCAAGCCCAUCAGAGAGUCCACACUGGAGAGAAGCCCUACAAGUGUGAGGAGUGUGGGAAGGGCUUCAGCCGCAAUUCAUACCUUCAAGGCCACCAGAGGGUCCACACUGGAGAGAAGCCAUACAAGUGUGAGGAGUGUGGGAAGGGCUUCAGUCGGAGUUCACACCUUCAAGGCCACCAGAGAGUCCACACAGGAGAAAAACCAUUCAAAUGUGAGGAAUGUGGGAAGGGCUUCAGCUGGAGCUUUAAUCUUCAGAUUCAUCAGAGGGUUCACACAGGAGAGAAGCCCUAUAAAUGUGGAGAAUGUGAUAAGGGUUUCAGUAAGGCCUCAACUCUGCUGGCCCAUCAGAGAGUCCACACAGGAGAGAAGCCCUACCAAUGUGAUGAGUGUGGUAAGAGCUUCAGUCAGAGAUCAUACUUGCAAAGCCAUCAGAGUGUCCACACUGGAGAGAGACCUUAUAUAUGUGAGGUAUGUGGGAAAGGCUUCAGCCAGAGAGCCUAUCUUCAAGGUCAUCAAAGGGUCCACACUAGAGUGAAGCCAUAUAAAUGCGAGAUGUGUGGGAAGGGCUUUAGUCAGAGCUCACGCCUUGAAGCACAUCGGAGGGGCCACACAGGAGGGAAACCAUAUAAGUGUGAGGUGUGCACGAAGGGGUUCAGUGAGAGUUCACGCCUUCAGGCACAUCAGCGGGUCCACACAGAAGGAAGGCCCUAUAAAUGUGAACAGUGCGGCAAGGGUUUCAGUGGGUUUUCAAGUCUUCAAGCCCACCACAGAGUCCACACUGGGGAAAAACCAUACAAAUGUGAGGUGUGUGGAAAGGGCUUCAGUCAGAGAUCAAACCUUCAGGCUCAUCAGAGAGUCCACACAGGAGAGACGCCCUACACAUGUGAUGCGUGUGGUAAGGGUUUCCGUUGGAGCUCAGGUCUCCUAAUUCAUCAAAGAGUCCACAGUGAUGAUAAAUUCUAUAAAAGUGAAGAGUACAGUCAAGCUUACCCUUCAUCAGAGGAUCCAUACAGAAAGGAAGUUCUGUUCGUCAGGAGCCUGCAGAGCCGAGAGAGCCAACGAGAAGGGUUCCAGAGGGAUUUGCUAGUGGAGACCCAGUCCUCGCUCCUGGGGCAGGGAAGGCGGGGGCAGCGACCCCGGUGUGCAUCCUCGCGGCGGACCUCCGGCGUCGGGGGUGGGCUCGCGUCCUGUAUCGAGUUUGAGGGUCUCGGCGCUGUCCGCUCCCCCAGCCUCCCCGAACUUACCAUUUUGCCUUCCCAGAACUCUGCCGUUCCCCGGAAGGAAGAGGGGGGGACAAUGACCAAGUUCCAGGCAGUGACCUUCACGGAUGUGUGUGUGGUCUUUACGGAGGAGGAGCUGGGGCUGCUGGACCUUGCCCAGAGGAAGCUGUACCGGGACGUGAUGCUGGAGAACUUCCAGAACCUUCUCUCAGUGGGGCAUCAGUCCUCCAAACCAGAUGUGAUAGCCCAGCUGGAGCGAGAGGAAAGGCUUUGGGGGACGGAGCUCCAAACCCAAAGAGGGAGGCUUGCAGGAGGCAGGAAUCAGAAUGAGAUGGAGACGCUUCCUGAGAUGGCAGUAGGGUGCCUUUCGCUGGGAGAGCUUUCCUGCUGCCAAAUCAAGACACAUGUUGUGAGCGAAUCAACCAAAAGUCAAAAAGACUCGGGGAUAAAUGUUCCAGGAACGAGGUCUCACUUGCCCGAACUACCUCGUUGCCCGGCAGGCGUCCCCCGUCAGGCUUGCACGGAGGCCAGCUGUCCUCUGGCUCUCAGGGAGCAGCGGUCCAGCUUUUCUGAAAACCGAGCAUCUCCCGCCAGACGAGCGCCCGGCCCCUGUCGGAAACUCUGCCUGAACGGGGCCCAGAAUUACCCGAGAGGCGGCGCGCAGACUCCAAGCCGGUGCACAUGCUGCGCGUUUGCCCCGUGUGCCCACGUGCUCCGAGGCCUACCGCAGCGCCUCCAGGAGGAGCCGGCGCCCCCGAGAGAGACAGCGCACAGCGGCCGAGGGCCUGGCGGGGAGGCGGCCCGGGCGCCCCGCCUCGUGCAGCGCAGCCUGAUGGCCGUGGGGCCGAACCCCUACCCAUGCGACGAGCGCCAGAGAGGCUUCGGCGACCGCCCCGGCCUGGCAGCGCCUCCGCAGGCACCCCGGGGCGCGCCGGCCCCUCUGCGGCGGACGCAGGAGCGGGCCCUGCCCAUCGCGCAGGGCAUCCUCCCGGGCAAGAAGCGCUACUGGUGUCACGAGUGCGGAAAGGGCUUCAGCCAGAGCUCCAACCUGCAGACCCACCAGCGCGUGCACACGGGGGAGAAGCCCUAUUCGUGCCACGAGUGCGGCAAGAGCUUCAACCAGACCUCGCACCUCUAUGCCCACCUUCCCAUCCACACCGGGGAGAAGCCCUACCGCUGCCAGAGCUGCGGGAAGGGCUUCAGCCGCAGCACAGACCUCAACAUCCACUGCCGGGUGCACACGGGCGAGAAGCCGUACAAGUGCGAGGCGUGCGGCAAGGGCUUCACGCAGCGCUCCCACCUGCAGGCCCACGAGCGGAUCCACACGGGCGAGAAGCCCUACACGUGCACCGACUGCGGGAAGCGCUUCAGCUGCAGCUCCAACCUCCACACCCACCAGCGGGUCCACACGGAGGAGAAGCCCUACAAGUGUGAGCAGUGCGGCAAGUGCUUCAGCCUGAGCUUCAACCUCCACAGCCACCGGCGGGUCCACACCGGCGAGAAGCCCUACAAGUGCGAGGAGUGCGGCAAGGGCUUCAGCUCCGCCUCGAGCUUCCAGAGCCACCAGAGGGUCCACACCGGAGAGAAGCCCUUUCGGUGCAGCGUGUGCGGGAAGGGCUUCAGCCAGAGCUCGUAUUUCCAGGCCCAUCAGAGAGUCCACACCGGGGAGAAGCCCUACAAGUGCGAGGUGUGUGGGAAGCGCUUCAACUGGAGCUUGAAUCUUCACAACCACCAGAGGGUCCACACGGGGGAGAAGCCCUACAAAUGUGAGGAGUGCGGGAAGGGCUUCAGUCAGGCCUCGAACCUUCAGGCGCAUCAGAGCGUCCACACCGGAGAGAAGCCUUUCAAAUGUGACGCGUGUCAGAAGCGCUUCAGCCAGGCCUCCCAUCUCCAGGCCCAUCAGAGAGUCCACACCGGAGAGAAACCCUACACGUGUGAGACGUGCGGGAAGGCCUUCAGCCAGAGGUCCAACCUGCAGGUCCAUCAGAUCAUUCACACGGGAGAAAAGCCCUUCAAAUGCGAGGCCUGCGGCAAGGAGUUCAGCUGGAGCGCAGGGCUCAGCGCCCACCAGCGGGUGCACACGGGCGAGAAGCCCUACAUGUGUCAGCAGUGCGGGAAGGGCUUCAGCCAGGCCUCGCAUUUUCACACGCAUCAGAGGGUCCACACCGGAGAGAGACCUUACAUCUGCGACAUCUGCUGCAAGGGCUUCAGCCAGAGGUCCCACCUCGUUUACCAUCAGAGGGUCCACGCCGGAGGGAAUCUGUAGAAGUGGCAGGCGGGGAAUGGGCUGCAGGGAGAAUUCCUAUCAUCGCCUCCCUCAGAAGGUCCGCGCUGGUCAGCGGGACACGUGCCUUCCAGAGUCGGAACCUUCCCGGCGCCAUCACAGGACGGAAGUUCUAGAGAAUGCCGUCCUUGCGGGAUUCAGUUGGGAGGCAAACUCUUGGCAAAUGUAGGAUUUCACAGCAGAGAGAAGACCUAUGCACACAGCCAGGGGUUGUCCGCACACCCCAGUUCUCAGGAUGGCAGCACAAGAGGAAGGGAGCCUCUCCAUGAAGGUUAGGAGGCACAGGCAGGACCGUAACAAAAGGGUAUUGAUGGACCAACAGCAGGUGUCAGCGACAGCGAAACCUCCACGUGGGGAGGGCUAGGGGUUUUUUGUUCGUUUGUUUGUUUGUUUGUUUUAACCACUGAAUCUCUACUGUGUAGAACUGCGCUGGGCUCCUAAUAGGUGCCUGGCCAUUACUGAAUCAAGUGGAGAAAAAUCGCUCUACUUAGGACAAAUAUUUGAAAAUUCUAGUCCGUUCCCUCUCCUAAAUUCAUGACACAUGCAAACAAAGUCCUGUGAGUUGCCUUAAUAAGAUGAAUUCCAGGAGAUGUAUUAAUUGAAGCACAAAAGGUCACGUCAUAGCGCCGUCCACACGAGCAGAGUCGGGGACGAGAAUUGCGCGUGGCUGGCAGCCUCCUUCCAGCCUCGGUUCCAUGGACAGUAUUAUCCAUGGCGUGCAGCUUGCUAUUUGGUAACAUGAGUUCGUAUUUUAUAGACUGAAAAAUACUGGGUUUUUUAAAAAAAAUUAACCUGAUACCUUCCUGCAGUUUGUAUGAUGGGAAAUUUAGAACCCUGAUCCAUUAAGGGAGGGUUUUACUGUUAAAAGUAGUUACUAAUGACAAAAGGUUUCCUAGUAAACUUGAAUUGUUAACUAAUUGGUUUUUCAUUAUUUCCAUUCAGGCAUAGGUCACAUUGCCUCCCCGCCCCGCCCCCGCGGGGGGCCCCCCCUUUUUUUUGUUUUUUUUUGUUUUUGGCCACCCUGCCGCAUGUGGAGUUCCGGGGCCGGGGGUCUGAUCUGGGCCACAUUGUGACCUACACUGCAGCUGCGGCAAUGUGGGACCCUUUGACCCACCGUACAAGGCCAGGGCUUGAACCUGUGUCCUGGCACUGCAGAGACACCCCGAUCCCACUGCACCACAGCAGCAACUCCACACUGUCCUCACUCUGCCUCGUCCUCAGCCAGGCCUCUAGUCAAGAGCUUUGGCAGGAAUCAAGGAUGUUAGUUUUGUCCCACUCCACCCUAAAAUGGGGUAGGGUAGAAGGAUACCUGUUGGCUUUUUAAAAUAAUUUUUAUUUCUUUCCAUUAUACCUGUUGGAUUUUGAUUGAGAUUUCUUUCAAGGGAGCAAUUUAGAUUAAUUGGCACACGCGUACACCUGGCAUUGUGUGUUCAUCACCUCUUAGUAGGAGUGAACGACGUUAGCCAGUCACUGUGUCUCCAAAUCUGACCUGGCAAAUCCUAGCCUCAGGGGUUUGGCUGUAGGCGACUAUAGCAGGAAUAAGGAUUGGGAGCUCCCCCGGUGGUGCAGCAGGUUAAGGAUCCAGUGUUGUUACUGCAGAGGCUCAGGUCACUGCUGUGGUGCAAGUUCAAUCCCUGGCCCAGGACUCCCAGAGGCCACAGGCACAGCCAAAAAAAAAAAGGUAAGAAGGAUUGUACACAAAGAUAUUUAUACUGAAUUCAAAAACAAAAGUAUCAGCAUAAAUAUAUUCUAACAUAAUCAUGAAAAACAUGAUACAGACAGUGUUCCCAUUGUGGCGCAGUAGAAACGAAUCCGACUAGUAACCAUGAGGUUUCAGGUUCCAUCCCUGGCCUCGCUCAAUGGGUUAAGCAUCUGGUAUUGCUGUGAGCUGUGGUGUAGGUUGCAGACGCAGCUCAGAUCCCAUGUGACUGUGGCUGUGGCGUAGGCUGGCAGUUGCAGCUCCAAUUCGACCCUAGCCUGGGAACCUCCAUAUGCUAUGGGUAUAGCCCUUAAAAGCAAAAAAAAAAAAAAAAAGAUAACAGAUGUAUAAUGACAGGGAAAGAACUGUCAUUUGUGAAAAAACUAGGUUAGAGCCUUCCUGGCCUGAUCAAGAAAUAAAAGCUUUUGCCCCUGAGGGUGUGAUUAGUGGUAAUAGGUGGAAGAAUACUGGUUAAUACGCUACCUGGUUUACUCUGGCCAAGAGGGUUGAUUUUUCUUUACCUUUCUGAAAAUUUACAGUGACCAUUAUCUAUUUUAUCAAAGCAAUAAAACUAGGACAAAAAUUACUGC